GUGAUACACUGAUAACAUUAAUUCCCCUGGCAAGAGUCAGACAGAAGAAUUGACUCGAGGAGUAGGGAAAAGCGCUCAUGGUCACCAUCCUCGACCUGAUCUGUCCCUAGAAGAGCACGGGCAAUGCAUAGAUAUUGCCGCCCGGUCACCAUUCAGCGCCAUGGAAGCUUCCCCCCUAACCCAGCAGAGUAGACCCGAGACGUUCAAGCCUAAGAUUGUGCAGCUCUAUGAGAACCUGUUCAAAACACCAGACUAUGCUGAGCCCCCGGAGGGGUUCUGGCGGGAGUUUUUCCUGCUGCCACCGGACAAAGGCCAACUGCGCGAGAUUCUAGAGCAGCUAAGUGCCGAUGAGACUCUCGAGCUGCAGGCGCAAACCCAGCAUCUCUUUACCCGUGCUAUUCGGGAGGUUUCGUCCGGGGUUGCCCCCAAUAACUCCUAUGCUUUGGAUACUCUGACGGUCUUCCUGGCAAGUGUAUUGAAGAAGAAGUAUACCAACCCAAGCUCAGACAUCAUCACCGUCCUGGCUGGCCUCGACGAAGUCGACCAUGUGAUAUCAGACUUGGUUGCCAUUCUAGACAGUAUCAUCCGCAAUGGCGGCACUUUCGACCUUCGCGUCAAAGCUAUUCGAACAGCGAUCGCAAUGACGAGCGGAGCUUACAAGACGGGCCUCAUCUCAUAUUUCACUCACCGCGACCUCUUCCCCUCGCUAAUGAAGUUCAUCAACGAGUCUGAUGCUCCUCUGGACGUUUUCGAACCGUUUCUGUUGCUGGGGUUACUCGCAAAUUAUAACAAGUUUGAGUUCCAGAACCCCUAUCAGCUCCGUCUUGAUGACUUUGUCAAUGAGAACGUCAUACAGAAGAUUGUCUGGGGGGUAGGCCUAUCGUGCGCCGCAUUACGGAACGGUUAUGUCGCUGUCCAAGACGAUGCCCCCGAAGGCUGGACUCUAAGCAGCACUCUUAUCUUUUUCGGCCUUGGAAUACUAGCACCAGGCGCAAAGGGACGGACCAAUCCUCCGACUGCGGAAGAGGCAAAGGAACUGUUUGGUGCAUUGCCUGCGCCCGAGUCGGCAAUUCUUCUGGGCACCUAUGACUUUGCCAAUGCGAACAAGCUCUUUGGCAUUCAUUUUGUCACCCUGAUUCCAGAAAAGUCGAACGAGGAGUCGCCCUUCUCCAGCUUCCUCUCCCUCACAUCCUACCUACUUCAGCAUGCAUACCGAUCGGCGCGAGUGGCGCACUACGCAGAGCUGAACCUGUUUACUCUCCGCAUCAUGGUAGAAGAUGCCACGCUCUGUAAACAGAUAUGCAGUGAGGAAGGAAAGCGAAAGGUCCGGCUUUGUCGACAGCGACAGCCGUAUCUCCCACUGGUCAAUGGCGACCGGGUUUUGGCGACGGUCAUAUUUGAUAUUGUCAUCGACGCUGUGACGCACAACCUCCGUCGGCGGCUUGAUGCUCGAUUAUACAGCCAUACCAUUGCAAUCCUACUUCGUCUCCUCACCUAUCUUUCGGCAACCAAAACCCGACUCUCAUACCACUGGUCAGAGUUGUGGCGCACCCUUCUCUCGCUCAUGCGCUUUCUAACGACAUAUGCCUCGGAUCUAUCCCAUCAUCCAAGCAUCCCAUCCCUCACCACAUCUUUGAUCGACGUGCUCGUCUUUUGUGUCUCAAGCGGAGACACCUUCCUACCUGACCCUUCUUCAUAUGAUGAUCUCUUCUACAAGAUUGUCGAGACCGGUCCCAUGAUCUCUAAAUUCCGUGAUGUUUACGCUAUGGCCCCAUCUUCGACGUCUGCCGUUAGCCCGCACGCAGCCGACUCGGCCGGCACCGCAUCACCUUUACCGAACAAGAACAAGAAACACCAAGCCGCAGCCAUCGAGACGCUGAUUUCCGUCUCGACACAUUUCUACACCCUGCUGUUCCAUGAAGACAGCACCAAGCCCAGUACUACACGUAAAGCAGAUGAAGCCGACGGUAGCUCUGCUGCCACUGCCGUCACGCCCGUCGCCAUCCCGGUAGCCCGCAAGAAGCAUCUCAGUCCCAGGGAGGUCCACCACAUCAUCAAACAAGGGUACGAUACGUUGAGCAUCCAGGCGCCGGAAGGACUGAGCACGUGGGUCAAAUGGCGCGAGGCGGACUGGAAACCGGAACUGAAGCGGGGGGCAAGGUGUGCGGUCGAGGAUGCGAGGCAGUUGGUCGUGUAAUACGGCUUGCAAAACGUUGUUAGGACCC